CUAUUUAUUUCUUUAUUACCAUUACUGCUAGUACAAAGUUUAGGGUGCAGGCAAUGUGCUCUCAUUUUUUCAGGAAGAGUGGCAAAACCUUCAUAGACUGAGAUCCUCAUCGAAAGAAUUGCAGAUUCUGUCUCGGUGGAGAAACCUUAUUAUAGUUUACGAAAACUCUCUUCUCUUUCUAACACAAUGCCAUCCAGGCGAAAGACCUUGAUGUUUGCCUCGGCUUUUUUCACCAGUCUGUGCUCUUUUGUUAUUGUAUGCGUUGUGCUUGCAAACAACUGGGUGUCAAGUGACAUUACCAAUAUGAAAGAAAAUCCCAAUAUGAAGCUAGUAAUUACAUAUGGACUUUUCCAAGGAGUUUGCUCAGAUAUAUCGCAAGGAAUUGGUUCACCUCCCACCAGCUUUCAAGUUGCAGGUGCUCUAGGAAAUGAUACUUUGAAGAUUUUCCAUGGUGUAAUUAUAUUUCUUUUGGUUGUUACUAUGCUGAGUUCCUUCCUUAGUUCUGGAUUUACCUGUUACAAUGCCAUCAGCAACCCAUACCAAACCUUUCUGGGGCCUACUGGAGUUUAUACCUGGAAUUCUAUGUCUUGUGUUUGCUGUCUGUUAAACCUAAUAUUGUUUGCAGUGAAUGUAGAAGUCAACAAAUUGUCCGCUGAGCUGGCCAGCAAAUAUUGCACAAUUUCCAGCGACUUGGAACAAAGCAAUAUCUCGUACGGAUAUUCAUACUGGAUCAUGCUUCUUAUAAUUGCCCUCAAUGCUACAACUGUUAUCAUCCUUGUUUUCUACCAACGGGCAAAGUAUUCGAAGAAGAAGGAACGAGAGAGGCCUUUGGACAGUGCACCCAAGGAUGGGAUUUUAUUUAAUGUGAUUAUUUCUUCUGCUUUAAGAUAAAUUGAUCUAUUUCAAGAUAAGAAUGGAGUUACGGCCAUGUGAGGUUCAUUGGCUUACAUAGUAUCAUGAGGUACGAGGAAAAUAUAAAGGUAAAGAUAAUAUAAUGGAGGCUCUUAGGACUGGCAGUUGAAGGGUCAAACCUUGAAUUUCUAUAGGUAUUAUUAUAAUUGAUAAGUUAUUUCAAGAACCAGUUUGGUGUAGCGGUUAAAGCAUCAGCACAGAAACGGUUUCACCGACAAAUGCGCGCUCGACAAAAGCGCGCUGAUGAAACCGUGACAAGAAAACCAUGAGUUCGAAAGCACGCCAACGAAUGAGCGCAGAAGCGUUGCCGACAACAGCACGCCGAGAAAAACACACUCUAACCCUAACCCUAAC